AUGUGGACAUUGUACGUUCAACCACUCCGAGUAGUAAAGCCAGUAGUCUUUGAUACCCAAAAGACUGACAGAGAGCCUACUCUACUACCUGAAGCGUUACGCAGUUUUUUAAAGUCGUCGUCUAAUGCAGAUGAGUCAAGAAAGUCUUCUAGUGAACCUACUACGUCUCGUGAAAUAGAAGCCCAAGGUCAUUUAGCUUCAUGGUUCUCUCAAGCUGAAUCAGAUCCUUUAAUGUUCAAAGGUCUAUCUCGGUAUCAACGUUUAAUGGGAUUUUUGUUAUGCCUGCUUGCAGCCUCUCUUUGUCUGUGUUUAGCAAUGCUUUUUCUGCCAAUGAUUGCAACACCUUUCGGUAUGCGUAAAUAUGUACUACUGCAUACACUUGGUAGUAUUUUACUAGUUGGAAGUUUCUCAUUCCUUUGGGGACCAUGGAAUCAUAUUAAAAGCUUGUUUUCAGCUGAACGUUUACCCUUUACAAUCAGUUAUCUACUAAGUUUAUUUGCUGGUUUGUAUGCUGUGAUUGUCUGGCAUAGUGCUGUAUUCGCAGCAAUAGCUUUGGUCUCCCAGGUUUGUUUAAUUAUAUGGCAAAUUAUUACUACAGUACCUGGUGGUAGAACUGGGCUGAUUGCAUUGUUUCGAGGUAGUCUGUGGACAUUAAAAGGAGUCUCUAGGGGUCUUCCUGUUUAG